UUGGGAUUAGGAGAAAGAUGAAGAGAGGGGUUUAGGUCGACCAACUAGUUGUUAAGGAUAGAAACUCCUUAACCAUACACUUAUAACAUUUUCUCAACAAUUUUCUUCUCUUUACCAUUGACUUGACUCCAAGAAUCAACAAGCAAGUUCAAGCACCAACCAGAUUAUAGCUUUCUGAAGCAAGCUUCUUAAUAAAAGUCUUUAUUUGAUAUACUCCCCCCCCCCCCCCCCCCCCCCCCCCUCUUUAUUUAACAUCAAAUAAGAUAAAGAAAAGUUUUUAUUUGCUUUCUUUUUCUGGGAGAGGGAGAGAAUGAUAUGGGCCUUUCACGUGUGACAUUGAUUAUAUGGUGAAUUCAAAUUAUAUAUCACCAGAAGAAAAGAAAGUCUUUCACAUUUUGUAAUUUGUUGGAUCAUCAUUUUCACUUUUUUAAUUUCAAUAUAAGAUUUAGCUUUGUCUUCUUCAACAAAGCAGCAGUUUAUAUCCAGGACAAAGGACUAUGGAACUCAACUGAUCCAAGAAACACACUGCAUUGCUACAUUUCGAUGGAUUAUCAGGAAGCUAGGUUUCUUCCCGGAAACGCAAUGAUCCACAUGAACCCUACUGUUUCUUACUCAGAGGAAGUAGCCGGUAAAGAAAGAACUGAAGCUAACAAUGUCUCAGCCUCACAAGAGACGCAAGCAUAUUCAAGAUUUGGUGGAGUUUCACAAAUGCAGGACAUUCAAGGCUUCGGUUCUUGGAGAGAUCAAGCUUGUGACAGGAGCGGUUUCCAGCCAAUGAGCGCUAUAGCAGGCCCUACAGGAGUUCAUCAGACCGGUCAGGGAUUGUCCCUUAGCCUCGGUUCACAGAUUCUCCCUGGUAUACAUCAGGGAAUGUCUCCAAGACCGGAGCAUUUUAGAGGCAAUGAGUAUGCAACUCAGAGCAUUUCGGUCGGUAACCCGAACAUGGAUGUUGUGAGAACAAUUCCCAACUCAAAGUAUCUCAAGGCAGCUCAAGAGCUUCUAGAUGAGGCUGUUAAUGUAAAGAAAUCGCUGAAGCAGUUUCAGCCAGAGGGGGAUAAGAACAAAGAGAACCCUCAAGAAACGGAUAAAAACCCUCAAGACUCAAACAUGAAUCCUCCCGCUGAGAUCUCUCAAUCAGAGAGACAAGAAUUGCAUAACAAGUUGACAAAACUCUUGUCAAUGUUGGAUGAGGUGGAUAGAAGAUAUAAGCAAUAUUACCAGCAGAUGCAGAUAGUUGUAUCCUCCUUCGACGUGAUAGCAGGUUAUGGAGCCGCUAAGCCAUACACAGCACUCGCUCUUCAAACCAUUUCACGCCAUUUCCGUAGCCUAAGAGAUGCAAUAUCAGGACAAAUCGUCGUGACACGAAAAUGCCUCGGGGAACAAGAUGGUUCUGAUGGGAAAGGAGUUGGGACAAUAAGCCGACUUAAGUACGUUGAUCAACAUUUAAGACAACAAAGAGGUUUCAUGCAACCUCAGGCUUGGAGACCUCAACGUGGCCUACCUGAAAACUCUGUUUUGGUUCUCCGUGCUUGGCUCUUUGAACAUUUUCUUCACCCUUACCCAAAGGAUUCUGACAAGAUCAUGCUAGCAAGACAAACAGGGUUGAGCCGUGGUCAGGUCUCAAACUGGUUUAUAAAUGCGCGCGUGCGUUUAUGGAAGCCAAUGGUGGAAGAAAUAUAUAAGGAGGAGUUCACAGAGCAUGAUUCCAACUCGUCCUCCGACAGUACACCAAAAAUGUCUGAGGUACGUCCUGUUGUUGCUGAUGAUGAAGAUCGAGCUCAAGAGCUUCCACAAGAUCAUGGACAUGAGUAUGGUGUGGAAACUUGUGGCAUGGUCCAGGGCGGUCAUCAAAUGGAUGGUGGGAGGUUUAUAUCAAUUGAGCCUACAUAUCAUGUGGCUGAGAUUUCAAGAUUUGGUGGUGGUGGUGGUGUCUCUUUAACUCUAGGACUUCAAAAUUCUCAAGGACAUGAUAAUGUUGUUGCUAUGUCUAGUGAGGCGUACAACAGCUUUCCAGGGGUUUAUAUUUACGGAAAUGUCAUACCGGGAGCUGAGAUGGAGUAUGUAAACCCUGGGAGUCGCCAGAACAGGAUAAAUUCUUCAGUAAUGGUACAUGAUUUUGUAGCUUGAAGAAAAAAGCAAUGGGAAUGAAUAAAUGUGUGUGUGAAUGUUAUGAUCACUCUCAAUUCUCUAGUGGAAGAUUUGGUCAGAGAAAAAAAAAUAGAAAUAAUUGUAUAAAGAAAACAUUCUUUUGUGUAAGAAGAAAGUGUACAACAAUCACAAUCAUGAGUUUUAAAUUUGAACUCUAGUGGAAGCUUAAAAAACAGUUAAAAAUA